AUUAUUCUGUUCGCAAGACUAUAAAUUAUUCUGAUCACAUAACUGGUGACAAUAAGAAAUUACACCUAUGACAUGACACAAAGUUGCACAAAAUACAUUCAAAACUCUUAUUUAAUUGGUUUUCUUUCUUUCUUUAUUAUUGUUUUUAAUCCUAGAUAAAAUUGGAUAUAAGGAAAGCAUUUUACAUGGCAUUAAAAGAAUAUAAAUAUGGAUCGCAAUGGUAGAACCAUAAGGUGAUUUAACAUUAAGACAGACUCAUGGAUCAAAUGGGUUCCAGGCAAGAAGGUGAUCAUAAACCUCAUGCAAUAUGCAUUGCCUUGCCAAUUCAAAGCCAUAUCAAGGCUUUGCUUAAAUUUGCAAAACUCCUUCAUUUCAAAGGUUUCCACAUAACCUUUGUAAACACCGAGUUCAACCACAAACGUUUUCUCAAAUCCUUAGGCCCAAACUCUUUGGAUGGUUUGCCUGACUUUGUGUUCGAAACCAUUCCCGAUGGCCUACCACCUUGCGAUGAUGAUGAUGACGGUGAUGCCACCCAAGACAUUGCUUCUCUCUGUGAAUCUGUCAGAACAAACUUCUUGCGUCCAUUCCUCAACAAACUCACUUCCUGCUCUCCCCCUGUCACUUGCAUUGUUUCGGACGGAUUCAUGAGUUUCACCAUUACAGCAGCUGAAGAACUUGGAAUCCCCGUGGCGCUUUUCUAUUCUAUCGCUGCUUGCGGUUUCAUGGGCGUCAAACAAUAUUCUGCUCUGAAGGAAAAAGGACUUUCCCCGCUAAAAGAUAAUAGGUUGCUAAACAACGUUAUAGAUUGGAUUCCUGGAAUGAAAGACAUACGUUUAAAGGAUCUGCCAUCAUUUUUUCGAGGUGCAAAUCCACUAGAGGUGACCAUGUUUAACUUUGCCAGGGAAGCAGCUGAUAGAGCUCAUAAAGCAACAGCAGUUGUUAUACAAACAUUUGAUGCAUUAGAGCGGGACGUUUUGGAAGCUAUCUCUUCGACGAUUCCUCAUUCAUACGCGAUUGGUCCACUCCAACUUCUUCUGGAUCACAUACCAGAAGACCAUCCAGGGAUUAAUCUUGGAUACAGUCUUUGGAAAGAAGACAGUGAGUGCCUCCAAUGGCUCCAAACUAAGCCACCAAACUCGGUGGUGUAUGUGAAUUUCGGAAGCACAACGGUAAUGACUCCGCAACAACUGGUUGAGUUUGGUUUCGGACUAGCGAAUAGCAACCAACCCUUCUUGUGGAUUAUUAGGCCUGAUUUGGUUAUCGGUGAAUCAGCUGUUUUGCCGGCUGAACUGGCAGACCAAAUUAAAGAAAAAGGUGUUAUAGCUAGUUGGUGUCCACAAGAACAAGUCCUUAAUCAUCCAUCAGUUGGAGGGUUUUUGACACACUGCGGUUGGAAUUCAAUCAUUGAGAGUUUAUCUGCUGGAGUGCCUAUGCUGUGUUGGCCUUUCUUCGCCGAGCAGCAAACGAACUGUCGGUAUGCUUGCAAGCAAUGGAGAGUAGGCAUGGAGAUAAAGAAUGAUUCCAAGAGGGAUGAGAUUGAAAAACUUGUGAGAGAAUUGAUGGAGGGAGACAAAGGCAAAGAAAUGAAAAGUAAGGCAUUGGAGUGGAGGAAAUUGGCCCAAGAAUCUACUGCUCCAAAUGGUUCUUCUUCUUUGAACUUGGACACUUUGGUCGACAGAAUGCUUAGAAAUACUUAGAUAUGAAAUACCAAAUUACGGUUAGAGUAAAUUGACUUUGCCAUAUGUUCUAGGAAGCAAAAUUAUAGUUUCUAUAUUUCUAAAUAUUCCAAAAUAAUACUACUUUUUUUUUUU